AAUUCAAACAAAGGAUAAACGCGUCCGAUCCAGUCCACGGUCGGUAGCGAACUCUCGCGAAGGUUUAUCAAAAGAAUCGGAGGAUCAAAGUGAUAUUGUUCUCACGAUUAGGCUGUAUUCCGAAAUUCACUGCUAUUAUUGGAAAUAAUUCACAAUAGAAAAUCCUUUUUCCCACAAAUUUGCUACUUUACCGAGGCUACGUUCAACGCGCAUGCGCGAGGAAGAGCGUUUCUGAGAACCACUGGAGACAACACUGGAUCAAAAGACUUAAGGGAGUGCGGGUCGCGAUCCCACAGUGGACGGAGUUCGACGAGGAAGAGUGUAGUAUCCUCGGAAGGGAACAUUAGAUCCUGGAACCUCGUUACCUUCAAAUUGCGCAAGACAUACAUACAUUUCAAGCAAAAAUGGAUGAUAAAAAAUCCAUUCCCGGGAAGGGACGUGGUUCUUUAUUAUUGCAAAUGAUGAAAGAAACAACAAAAGCGGAACGUGCCCGAUCUGAAGCAUUGUCCCAUUCUGUAGAAACACCUAGUUAUUCAUCUAGUGAACCAACUAGAUCAUUCGAGACAUCUCAAAGUUCAUUUGGCUCAAGUACUAGUGUAGGUCGUGGACGAGGUCAAUUAAGUAGUUUAUUAAAAAUGCAUAGCAGUAGUGGAUCAGAAUCUAUCCCUACACAAGCAAUGGGACGAGCCUCUCUCUUAGGCUUGUCAAAAAGAUUCAACCCUGAUGAAUCAGUUGCCUUUACACGAACAAGUAUGUCUACUGAAAGGGAAGAUUCCACAAGAGUUUUAGAAAAAUUAUCUAAUAUUUCGGUGUAUGACAAUCCAUCUACAUCCGAUGUAUAUCCUUCCGAAGAUACCACGCCAGUAUGUCGACAAGGCAAAAGUGGAACAAAAAUAGAAAUAUUCGCCAAUUAUAUAGACCUGAAAUUAGAACCUGGGAAAGGUCUAUUUCAGUAUGAAGUUAAAUAUUCUCCAAAUAUAGAUUCAAUAGGAUUACGCCGUAAAUUACUCAAUCAACAUACCAAUACUUUAGGGCGAACAAAAACAUUUGAUGGAAUGAUUCUUUAUUUACCACAAAAACUACCACAAGAUGUCACAAACUAUUAUUCGGAACAUCCAAUGGAUGGAUCCCGAAUAACUCUUAGUAUCAUUUAUAAAAAGAAACAAUCCAUGAGUGAAAAUGUACAGUUCUUCAAUAUUUUGAUUAAUCGUGUUAUGCGUGCCCUUAGUUUAGUCCGUAUUGGUAGACAAAAUUUUAAUCCAAAUGGUGCGCAAAAAUUAAAUCAACAUCGAUUAGAAGUGUGGCCUGGUUACGUGACUGCUAUAAAUGAAUACGAGGGUGGUUUAAAAUUAUGUUUAGAUUCUAAGCAUCGAGUAAUGCGAACAGAAACUAUACGAGAUUUAAUAACUGACAUUAUUCGUAAAGAACACUACAAUUAUAGAGAUGCUGUAGUGAAUGAGAUAGUUGGUACAAGUGUAUUAACACGAUAUAAUAAUAAGACAUAUCGUAUAGAUGAUAUUGCAUGGGAUAAAUCACCAAAAUAUGUGUUCUCCAAAAAUGGCGAGGAAAUAUCCAUAAUCGAUUAUUAUAAGGUACAUUGGAACAUAGAAAUCGAAGACAAAGAGCAACCGCUUUUAGUGCAUCGUGCUACGAUUAGAACAUCGACUGGCGAGAAGGAAGAAAAAGUAAUUCUUCUGGUACCGGAAUUGAGCUAUGCUGCGGGUCUGACAGAUAGUAUUCGCUCCAAUCACUAUAUAAUGAAAGAUUUGAGCGCAAUUACGAAAUCGUCGCCCGAUCAACGUAGAAAUGUCAUUAAACGAUUUAUAGAGGAGAUAGAAAAAAAUAAGGUUACCCAAGAAUUAUUAUCAGAAUGGGGUUUACAUUUAAACAACGACAUAGUUCAAUUUACCGCGAGACGUCUCGAUCCUGAAGUGAUACGUUUUGGGAAUAACAAAACAUGCCAACUGACGAUCGACAAACCCGGAGAUUGGAGUUUUGCUGCAGUAAAAAAUACUGUAUUACGUACUCCCAAUUUGGCCAAUUGGGAUAUUAUAUAUUGUAAGAGAGAUGAGAAAUGUGUACUAGAUUUCUUAGAGAUGCUGAUAAAUGUUGUAAAAACGAUUGGAAUGCGAAUAAACACUCCACGAAAAAUAGAUAUAAGAGAUGAUAGAACAGAGACUUAUCUACAAAACAUUCAAAAGAGCAUCAAUAAUAAUGUCGAAUUAAUAGUCAUUGUAUUUCCGACUAAUCGCACUGAUCGAUAUUCUGCUAUCAAAAAAUUAUGUUGCGUGCAAAGAGCUGUACCAUCGCAAGUUAUUAUUUCAAAAACAAUUGCCAAGCCUCCGAAAUUGAAAAGUGUCACAGAAAAAAUUGCACUUCAAAUCAAUUGUAAAUUGGGAGGUGCACUUUGGACUGUAAAUAUGCCACUGAGAAAUUGUAUGGUGUGUGGCAUAGAUGUCUAUCAUGCUGGUGUAGGAGGAGGUGCAAAGAAAAGUGUUGCAGGAUUUGUUGCAAGUUUAGAUGCUCAAUUAAGCAAAUGGCACAGUAGAAUCUGUAUGCAGGCUUCUAAGCAAGAAUUGGUGGAUAUGCUACAGGUGUGCCUUACUUCAGCUAUCAAUGCAUAUCAAAAGCAUAACGGGUGUAGUCCGGAGCGUAUAAUUAUAUAUCGCGAUGGAGUUGGCGACGGUGAUCUAGAUUAUGUCGAAAAAUAUGAAGUGAAGCAACUAAUGAUGACGUUUAACCGCAUUGAACCGAAUUAUAAACCGCAACUUAGUGUAAUAAUAGUUCAAAAACGUAUCAAUACACGAUUGUUCAUCAGAAACCAAAUCAAUGCGCGGGGUUUAGAGAAUCCCGCGGCGGGUACCAUUGUUGAUUCUUACAUAACGAGACGAAAUUAUUACGAUUUUUAUCUCGUGCCGCAAAGUGUACGACAGGGUACGGUAACACCCACUCAUUACGUUGUUCUUCAUGAUUCGUCCAAUAUGGAGACUGACCACAUGCAACGACUCACGUAUAAACUCUGUCACUUGUAUUAUAAUUGGCCUGGUACGAUUCGUGUGCCUGCUCCUUGUCAAUACGCGCAUAAGCUCGUAUAUCUAGUGGGCCAAAAUAUUCAAGCCGAACCGCAUCGUUCCCUGUCGGAUAUCUUGUUUUAUCUGUAACUCUUCCUCGUCUAUAUUCCAUUUGAUUAUUUUUUUCAUUCGCACUAGAUUUUUCUUCCUUUUUAUUUCCCCUUAAAUCGAGUACAAAUGUAGGAAAACAUUUAGAAGGAUGAUAGAAUGUGAUAUGAAUUAUUUGAUUGUUUCUCUAUACCAAAGUUUAUAUCCAUCAUGAAUCGUAACAAUUUCACCAAACCAUUGAAUACAACAAAAGAAUAACCAAAGUUAUGAGACAAUAAUAAGACUAUUACCAAGUAUAUUACAAAUAAUGAACUUGGGAUGAAAUUGUCUCUAUACAUAGAUUUUUUUUAAUACAUAGUCGACUAUAGAGUACAAUUAAUAAUAGCAAGAUAACAUUUGCAUUUGUAUUAACCUGGAAAGUAACUUUUGCAUUUAGCACUCGAGUGAAUACCAAUGCAAAUUUUGCUGCUCUCAAACAAUGUAUAGUUUAUUACAUACAUACAUAGAUAGUGUACAUUCUAAAUUUCUCACUUUUGUUCUUUAUUUUUUUUUACAUACAAAGAGACCAUAAUACCAAAAAAUAUUUUAUAUAAUA